UAUUUAUUUGAUCAAAGGUGUGUUUUGCGUGUUGCUGUUUUCCUUCAGCCCCUCUCUCUGCCAACUCUCAAGGCACGUACUCUCUGCUCCUCCGCCCAAUCAUCGCCGCCGGAAACCACCGCCACCAACCACCACCAUCGCCUCCUUCCACGGCUGCGUUCGACUCCUUCUUCCUCAGGUUACCUUUGAAUUUCUGGAACUGUUGUGGACAAGAUUUGCUGGCAUAUCAUUCCUAAUUGGAGUUUCAAAGAGGAUAUCAUAAGACUUGCAUUAUAAGAGAAUUAAUGGAGCUGAAAGUUUCAUCUCCAAAACUAGAGUCUGUUGCACCUUCUGAUUGUCUCAGUGAUCCCGAGGAAAAGGAAGUGAGUGAUGACGAUGAUGAUGAUCGGAAUCAUAAGCAUCGGAGGCGGGAUGAUCGUUCUCAGUCUUUGGAGAGAGAUGUUUCAGAUCCUGUUAUUAGCAGGCCAUUCAGGAAGCGCAACAAGAAUUUUGGAAAUCGGCCUCCGUUUAAGGGAAAUGAGUCUCUAUCCUUUGAAACACUGAAAGCUUAUGGCGAUGCCGCUACAGACAAAGAGUUCUACUCCAAGUUUGAGAGAAGGCGUCCUGGCUUUACUCCAGGUCCUCGAACACCUUUAGAUAUGAGUCAAAGACUACGGACAAACCAAUCAUUUACUGUAGAUCCAGGUGCUGGCAGGGGAAGAGGCAGAGAAUCUGGUUUCUGGAAUCAACGUGAAUCUAGGUUGAGCUCAAUGGAUGUUGCUUCACAAAUAGUUCAGCAGCGGUCCAUUCCUUCAAGUCUUUAUACUGGACGGGGAUUACCAAAUGUUUCAAAUGCACAAAAUGCAUCCUGGAACACAUUUGGUUUAAUUCCAGCAGUACCCAAUGGGGGCAUGGAUAUGCUUCAUCCAUUGGGUUUACAGGGAACUCUCAGACAACCCAUGAAUUCAUCUUUAAAUGUGAAUAUUCCUCGUCAACGAUGUAGAGAUUUUGAGGAACGUGGAUAUUGCCUCAGAGGGGACAUGUGCCCCAUGGAACACGGUGUUAAUCGGAUUGUCAUUGAAGAUGUUCAGGGUCUUUCACAGUUCAACCUUCCCGUGUCUCUUCCAAGUGCGCCCCUAAUCGGAGCUCCUGCUGGAUCUGGAUCUCAUCAUUCAGUAAAUGCUUCAACCACUUCAGUGAACAGCAAAUGUAUACCUGGAAAAAAAUCUGUAGUUGGUGAUGAUGGUAUGCCUGUGGAUAGUGCAUAUCCUGGUCUUGGUUGCACAAGUGGAGCUGAUCUCUACGAUCCUGAUCAACCACUUUGGAACAAUAGUGGUCUGGAGUCUUCAAAUGCACUCCUAUCUAUUCAGUCAUCCAAGAUUGAUGAAACUGAGCUCAUAUCUAGCGAGGCUCUAAAUAGUGAUUAUCCAGUUGGAACUACCAGAACUUCUGUCAAUUUGCAGGGUUCUAGUUCAUCUGUCUGGGCCAGAAUGAAUAGUUCAAGAAACAGAUUUGACAUGAAAGAAAAAACUAACUCUAUGAUAAGUUCUUUUCAUUAUCCUCAGAAUCAACUGAAGGAAGAUAAUGAUGAAUUAGUUGGCUCCCGCAGUACUUCCUGUCAAGGAAAGCAAAUCAUAGCAGAUGAUACUGACCCCAGAAGCAUGGAAACAUUAUUGAAGGCACAGGCUUUUAAUAUGCGUAACAUACGCAAACCAUCCCAAAAGGCAUUGUGUACUCUAUUUGUAAGUGGGAUACCUCAGAGAAGUAACAAGAGGGAGACUCUUCUUACUCAUUUUAAGAAGUUUGGGGAAGUUAUUGAUAUUCAUAUUCCAAUGAACAGUGAUCGAGCAUUUGUCCAAUUCUCCAAAAGGGAAGAGGCUGAAGCUGCUUUGAAAUCACCGGAUGCUGUAAUGGGCAAUCGUUUUAUCAAGCUAUUUUGGGCUAACCGUGAUUGUGUUCGCAAUGAUUGUACUGCUAGUGGGAAUGGUGUAAUUGUUACUCCCCGUGGGCAAGCACCUGCUUUUGUUCCAUCUCAUCCAGUCGUCACUGAUAGGCGAAAAGAUAUCCAUCAAACUGAUGCUUCAAAGACUAUAUUUGAAGUACCAUCUCCUUCUGAUCAACCUAAGCAUAUCAUUGCAGGUGGACCCAAGGCUCCACCUCCUUCGCAAAAGAAGUAUGAAAACUUAGAACAUCUAAAGGAAGAACUGCGUAAGAAGCAGGAAAUGUUGGACCAAAAGCGUAAUGAGUUCAAGCGCCAGCUGAGCAAACUUGAGAAACAAGCUACAGGACUCAAGGGUGAAAUAGUUACCGAACAUGCUGCAAAGAGACCCAAAACAAGCAUGACGACUGAUGUUGCCAAACUCACUUCUCCUCAAUCGUCUGAUGCUGAUCCUGGAAUGACAUCUCUACAUGCAGAGGCAACAACUGAUAGGAAUAAACAGUUGGUCAGUACUGUAUCCCAAAGUCCUAAAGCAAGUACAACAAUGAGAGUGCUAGAACCUACAGGCUUGAAACAGCCAAUUCAACCAUUUGUGCCUGUAAAUAGGUACAAAUUGGACAAUCGUCCCACUGCAUUUAGAAUCAUCACUCCUUUGCCAGAUGGUCUAGCAAAUGUUGCUUCUUUGAAGGAACACUUCUUACCAUAUGGAGAACUUUCUUCUGUAGAGCUAGUAGAUGUGCAAGUCGAUGAUAGUAGUCAACAAGAGGCACAUAUAAAUUUCACUACUCGCCGUGCAGCUGAGAGGGCGUUUAUUAAUGGUAAAUGCUGGAAGGACCACAAUCUGGAAUUCAUGUGGCUGGCUUCCGCUAAUUCUAGCAAUGCAACUGGUAGUAGAGAACCUUCUCUAUCCGCUCCCAAGGAGCCCUUAGAUAGAGAUGACCAUUCUGAAGAAAAAUUGGGAAAUGCGGUAAACCAAGAAGCAGCUGUAUCAGAUGGUGAGCGUAAAAAUUCUGAAAAUGAAAAUGGUUUGAAGGUUAUGGAAAUGGAACCAGGUGAAGAUCUCCAGUGUUCCCCAAGGCAAGUUUCUUCUGCCAAACAAUCACCAGAGGGCAAUGUCUGUUGAGGAUCCACUGAUGGUCAGAUUUGUACAGCGAGGCCUACUUGGCCGUGUUGAAGCUACAAAUGUUCAACUGUGAGAGGCUAGCAUAAAUCAACAAAGGUGCAGGCAAAAUUACAUCGUACCAAAAACUUGGAGAUGAUAAAAAAAAAAGUGUGUCGGAGGGAAGUGGAGAAAGGUAGGAGGAGAAAGGAGAGAUAAAGGCAAAUGAGGGGCUAUGAUGGCGAGAACAUAAGGGGGGCGAUGAUGAGAGUGAUGAGGAGGUGGCCAUAAGGGAGAGAAACGAGAUGUGCAAUAGAGUCUGCAUUGUGUGGGAGAGCAUUAAGAGUGGAUGAUAUGGGGAAAGGAAAAUGUGCGCAUGGAGGGAGGAGGAGGUGGUAGAAGGGAAGAGGCAACUGGCGACAGGGUCGAUUGGGGUGACUUGACAAUAGUUGACAGCGGUGUAUAGGUAACGAUAGUAUAUAGGUGGAACAUGGAAACUGCCCUAAGGAGGAAAAAUCAUCUAUGAUGAGUAGAGAGCCCUUCAAUUAAGAGAAAAUCCCUCCUUUGAGGGAAGGCCGAAAAACAGACUUUAAAAAAUUUGCUAAAAAGAGUGUGGCAACUAGGGUUUAAGCACAAGAAAUGGAAGACUGCUUUAGAGUUUCACUUAAAAAGAAACAUCGCUUGUGUAGUUUGUUACACCAUCACCCUAAGUUCAAAACUUUUAAAGUUUAGACUUUUCUUUUAUUGCAAUUGUAACAAAAGCAAUCAUAAAUGACUACAUUGUCCCAAUGAGUAAGACCAUGUUUGCUUGCAA